AACACAAUUUUUUUUGAAAACACACACGCAAAGAACUAAAAAGGAAAGUGUUCGCAAGAAGGCAGUGAGCGAUGGCUGAGCUUCAAGAGGAACGAAGCAGUAUGACGGCCGAUGAAUUGAAAGCCAAAUUGUAUCAUUCAUUCCGACAAAAAGGUCUGGUGGACUCUCUCAAGUCUCAACUGAGGACACAGCUUGUGAGUCAACUUCGGUUCUCCAGUCUGAGCCAAAAACCACCAUCAUCUGCCUUAGCAUCAGACUCACCAAAAGAUGAAGAAGGAUCAUUGAUGCAACGAGCGUCUAAUAGUCUAGUAGCUGACCAUCUCAGACGCUGUCAAUAUGAGUACAGUCUGGCUGUGUUUUUACCCGAAAGUGAAACAUCUAAAGAUAAGAUGUUUACUGUCAGAGAGUUACUUCAGAUGUUGGGAAUUUAUCCAGAAUCCAAGUUAUUUAGAAAUGUGACUGAGAAUAUGCGUGGAUAUCAACCCAAAGGUCUUCUGUGGCAGCUUUUGUGUGUAUUGAUUUCUACUCAAGGACGAUCACAUGAUGUUGGCAUCCAAGUUGAUAAUGCGCCAUCACAUGUCAACUCUAUUGAGAAGAAACUAACUGCAGUAGAUGAACUAUUUGACAAUGCGGAUGGAUAUCAUGAAGGUACUACUCACGGCCUUCAAGCCAAACUGUUAUCACUACAACGUAAGAUGGAAGCUCAAGCCAAACUGGACAUAACAACUGAAAUUAUUCGCUUUAAGGAGAGUGAGGGGAAACGAAUCGAGCUUCAAGAACGAGAGAAAUAUCGGCGGGAAAUGGCAAAGGAAAGAAAAGAGAUGGAGAGGACGUAUCAAGCUAAAGGGGAGGCACUCCAAGAGAGAGAAAGAAGCACUGUAGAGAGACUUCAAAAACAUCAAGAGAUGGUGGAGCGAGAGACGUACUCUCAGAGACAGAGUCUUCUGGAUGAGUUGCAGACAUUGAAGAAGAAAGAAGCUGAGUUGAAACGAGAAGCUGAUCUCAACAAAAGAGCUAUGAUGCUCGAGGAAGGACGGAGGAAAGAUAUUGAGGAAAGUCUGAAGAUUAGAGAGGCAUCGUUGGCGACGAUUGAAGAGACGUAUGAGAAGAAAUACAAGACACAAAUCAGACAAAACGAUGCAGAGCAACAGGUGAAACUCUCCGAGAGGUUACAAGACAUUGAGAGAAGAGAGGCUAGACUAAGAGAGGGAAAAAGUCACUUAGAGCGUGAGAGUGAGUUACAGAGUAGCCUCAAAGAAGAGUUACAAGAAAGAAAGAGCAGAGUUGCAGAGCUUGAGGUUUUAUACCAGCAGGCUAGGUUUGAGUCGGUAGCUGUCAGUAAAAGGAAUGAAGUAUUAACGGAACGACUGAGGGAUAUGGUUGACUAUCAGUCGAUCAAAGAAGACAAUGCUGUCCUUAAACAUGAUCUGGACAGGGAUAAAAGGAGACUCAAUGAGCUACUUCAUGAGCAGAAGAAAGAACGAACACGUUAUGAAGAAACAAUGAGAGGUGUGUCAGAAAAGAUGACACAACCUUCUCCCCAGGUUGUGACGCACCAAGCAGAGCUUCACCGAGUUCAAAAUCAACUGGAGCAGGAGAGGAACUUAUUCCAGCACAAGGAGGCGCAGUACCGGUCAACGGCAAAGGAAGAGGUGGAACGAAGCGCUGGACUGACUAGAAGAUUAGAAGAGCAAGGAAACCAGAUGAAGGAGAUGAACAAUCAGAUUGCUGAUCUUAGGAAUAUCUUGAGACAAACUCAGAUGGCUUUGAGUAAUGAGAUAUACCGCAAACCAGCUCCAAGGACAAGUCCUCAAAGACCUUAUGAUGCUCUUAAACCAGACGAUGCAUACAAUGACAGUAUGCUCCACCAAGCAGCUUUAGAACAACAGAUACUAUUGGCUGAUGAGAGAGGCAGUCAACCAAUCAUGGACGCAGAUGAUGAUCAGUCUAAGGUGUCCCCGAAUGCCUCAUUAGCGUUUCUGGAGGAAACAAAGGCGAGAUUUCAACAGCUUGAGAGAGAGGCAGAGUCUCUUGAGCAUAACUAUCAGAAUUUCCAGCUCCGUACAAGCGACAUGUCAGCCUUACCAGUAAGCCCUGUCAAAACAUCCAGCCAAUAUAGAGCAGGCAGGAAACCCUCUGCAAGGGAGUCUGCAAGUAUUUCUAUGCUCAGUAAACAAGUGAGUACUGACAAAGGAUCAAUCAAAAACCAAGAUGUGCAGCCGUCACCUAUUAUCGAUGGAACUAAGAGCCAGAGGAAAUUUCGUCCCGUGGAUGAGCUGGCUGAAUUCCAGAGGUUAUCGAUACAGACUAAUUCAACAGAUGGUCAUGGCGGACAUGAAGAAACUGACCCCUUGAAGAUGGGUCUGAAGACGACUUAUUCUUCGGCGGGUUCAAGUUCAAGGAGAAGUUCCCCUCAUCAAACCAUGGACCUCUCAAAUCAUUUUGAAUCGCCAACGAUGGUCUCAAAUCGCCGACCUCAGCGCGGUGAGACCCUCACCUCCAUCCUACCACCAGCGACUAACUAUGUCUUUACAACUAAAGAAAGAUUAGCCGAUAGCGAGAGUAUAACUCAGUUGAUUGAUAAGCCUGCGGAUGCUGUCCAAGAAGGAGCUGAGCAAGACUUAAGUGAGGAGGAAUAUAUGAUGAGGAUGGAAGAGAAUGCUAGGCUGCAGAAUGAAGAGAAGGCCAGGCAACAGAUGGAAGAAGAUUUUAGACAACAGCAGGACGAGAAGGAAAGGAUACAGAAUGAAGAUAAGGCUAGGCAACAGAAGGAAGGGAGGGAUAGACUGCAGAAGGAAGAAACAGAAAGGCUACAGAAGGAAGAGGCAGAGAGGCAACAGACGGAAGGGAAGGCUAGGCAACAGAGAGAAGAAGAUGUAAGGCUACAGAAUGAAGAGAAGGCUAGGCUACAGAAGGCAGAAGACCAAAGGCUGCAGAAUGAAGAAAAGGUUAGGCUACAGAAGGCAGAGGAGCAAAGGCUACAGAAUGAGGAAGAGGAUAGGUUACAGAGGGAGUGGGAAGAAAAACGGAGGAAACAAAAUGAAGAACGACAGAAAAAGGAAGACGAAGCUAGGGAAAGAGAAAAUGCAAUGUUGAUGCAAUUACAGAAACAGCAAGACCAGCAAGAACUGCCCAAGGUCAAAGAAGAAGAGAAAAAAGCUCCUGAGAAAGAAGAACCUCCAGUUGAAGAAAGCAAAGAUGAGAGCGUAACUAUCGAUCCAGUGAUGCAGAAAUAUAUGAAGAUGAUUCAAGAAAAGAAACAAAAACAGGACACACCACAGAAACCGGUAUCCUACCACAGCCCGAAGUCAGAAAGUGGAUCUAACUUUGCUUUUGAAAUAGAAGCUGAAGUUGAACCCAACAGUUUGGGACAAGUUUCUGACAAUACUGAGGAUCCAUUUGAUGACUGGUAGACUUGGUAAAGUCUAAUCUGUUGACUUUGUUUUUAUAAAACAAGUGCGCAACUAUUACAUAUUGUAUAUGUAGACAUAAUUCCACCUGGAAAAUUGGUGCUUCUACCCUCUUUAGUUGCCAAUUUUGACUGUUGCUAUUGCCAGCGUGUUGAAUAUCUUUUGUGUGUGAUAUACAAAUUUGAUGUGUUUUUCCCGUGAAUAUUUAAUAUAACUAUUUAUUCAUUUAUUAUAGGUUUUUUCGGUCAAUUUCGGAAAAUGCGCAGCCAAUU